GGAGACCAGAUAUAGUGAAUGCAGGGUCUGGGGAGAGCGGAUAUAGUGAAUGCGGGGUCCGGGGAGAGCGGAUAUAGUGAAUGCGGGGUCCAGGGAGAGCGGAUAUAGAUGAAUGCAGGGUCCGGGCGAGAGCGGAUAUAGUAGAAUGCGGGAGUCCGGGGGAGAGCGGAUAUAGUGAAUGCGGGGUCCGGGGAGAGCGGAUAUAGUGCAAUGCGGGGUCCGGGGAGACCAUGGGAUAUAGUGAAAUGCAGAGGGUCGGGGAGAGCGGAUAUAGUGAAUGCGGGGUCAGGGGGAGUGCAGAAUAUAGUGAAUGCGGGGUCCGGGAGAGAGUGGAUAUAGUGAAUGCAGGGUCCGGGGAGAGCGGGGAUAUAGUGAAUGCAGGGUCCGGGGAGUGCAGAUAUAGUGAAUGCGGG